UCAAGCAAAGCACAAUAGUCUACUACACUACACUGUACACCAACAGAAGAGGAUACUUUGAACUUGUGCAGAAGGAACAUUAUUUCAGUGUCUGCCUGUUUCUCUCUCUCUGUGGAUGACAGGUAGCAGCUGCCGCACUUACAAUCAGCGGCACUCCUACUUAGUCGGGACACUCAGUAUCUCUGAAGUUUCCAUCGCUGGAGCAUCGGGAUUCACAACUAAUGUGUAACUUAGAACAAGGCUGGAGUCACUCUCUCUCUUUCUCUCUCUCUCUCUGCGAGGACAGAGCUGGAAUUAACUCGCGUUGAAGGAAUCUGUGGGGUGAACAGCUCAGUCUUGGAACGUCUUGUUCAGAGAGUGUUGUGUUCUAAACGCAGGGAAAUGGACAGACUGAUCGAACUCAUCUGGAUCUUGGAGUUUAAAAAGUACUCUCAUGAGAUUUUAAAAUAUUUCAGUACUGCGUAAAUAACAUUCCAUUUACUCAACAACGCACUGCAAGAGAUUUCUAGACAAUUUAUGUUGUUUUACAAAUUGCUUAGCUGUGGGUUGAUUGUUUAUUGCCAUAAGAGAUGCUGCAUUUCCAGGGUUGAUUCUCUCUCUGAGAGUCUGGCAGGUCUCCUUCAGCAUACCUGGCAGUCUGGCUGUGUGUGAAGAAGGUAGAAUCAUCUGGAGGAAACAACUCUACACUACUAACAGGCAUUGUGUUUCAUACCCUUACUAGACCCUGUAUCUGACCUAACACCUGGGCUUUGCUAAGGCACUCUGAACACCUGAAGUUAAGACUAUGGGGACUCUGGGCAUCUUCCUCCACCAGUGGAACCUCUGCACGUGUGACAACGGUCUUCAGCAGAUGCACAGACGCAGCAACAGCAGCCUGGUAGUCCUGAAGGCUAACGCCACUACUUUCUGACUGCUUGAUUACUGGACUAAAGGGAGAGCUGCUACUACUCUCUCCUCUACUCUGCCUCGCCUGAGCGGAAGACGGAGGAGCAUCGGCCAUAUUGAUCCCAUGCAGUUCUCACCUGGACGUCAAGCGAAGAGUUAGACACACAGACGAGUCUGGAUAAGCCGGGCAAACGAGUGUCAAUGCUCAUUCUAAGAUGAAGUUAUGGAAGUGUGCCGCCAUCGCCUUGACUCUCUGUGGUACAGCACUGUCCCUCUUCCUCACUAGAAUCAUGGUUCCCACACCACCGCAUCACUUCCCCUCCUGGGACUCGUCUUCGCCGCGGACAUCAGACUCCGCUUCCUCCUCCAACUCCUCUUCCUCCCUGAUCGGACGUCAUCGCAAAGUGCGGUCGACAGACGGCAUCAGCAACAUUUUGACAGAAUUCAUGUACAUGUUCCAGGGUUUUACAGAGGGGGAGCUGAAGCAGGUGAUCGGGACUCUGGUGGAGAAGAAGGCACAGCAGGAGGCCAGGCAGAGCAAAAGGACUAAACGGGCUAAGAAAGCAUCAAAGCCAUGUUCCCUGCGGGAGGUGGAAGUGACUGUCAGUGAGCUGGGUCUGGGCUACCACAGCGACGAAACGCUGCUCUUCAGGUACUGCAGCGGGAACUGUAAUGCUAGCCGACGAAACUACGAUGUCAUACUGAAGAAAUGGACAAGGAAAGGCAUCUCAAAGAGGGAGAGGAGCCCCUGUUGCCGGCCCAAGGAGUACGAUGACAUUUCCUUCUUGGACAACAGUAACAGAUACAAGACGCUCAAUGAGUUUUCUGCUCUGACGUGCGGUUGUGUAUAACGCCUCGAUGGCGGCCAUUUUGACUUCCCAGAUACUGUAUUGAACAUGGGAAAUGCAACAACUACUGCUACAAAAACAAACAAAAACAGGAGUGCACAAGAAUUGAUCCCUACGGUAUUAUGCCAGGGAAUACAGACAUUUGAAACUACCAUCUAUCCUACCAUCUGUUAAUUUUGUGUUCGUUUUCAAAAGACAACAGCAAAUGUUUGUUUUGCUUUCUUUGCCUUUCUUGGGAUAUUUCUCUGUUGGUUUAUACAUUGUAUGUCCUAGGAUUAUACAUUUGUCAUCAUGGGGCAAUCACAGUUAAAGCAAUGAUUUGUUGCUUGAUUGUGGACUAUGUAGCAACGGCUCCACUACCAGUACAAAAGACCAGCUGAGGUAUAACUAGUGCAUGCUACAUUGCAAGUCUGUUCUGAUACCACACUUGUAAGAGGCCUGGUUUAUUUUUUCAGAAAUUAGUGUGUAGAAGUGUGUACAUGGAAAGUACUAGAAUAAGAUAGGGAAUGCCAAGGACGACAUGUACAGUAUACAAAAGGAUGAAACCAACAUGAAGCUACCACAGUGUGCUUCUCCACAACUUCUUGAUCCGCACCAUUGAUGACGCAUGAGGUAUCACUAAGGGAAGUCCAAUGGAGCAGCAACAACAGUACUAGGAAAGACUACAGGCUUGGAGAAACAUGUACAGCAGGCUUCACCAAUUAUAUUAUGUGUGUAGGCACUCCUUCAUAUCACAGGUAAUGAACUAAAUUAUGAAAUCUCCAGCCUUCAUCAGUAACUAUCAAAAUCUACCUCAUUUAUGUUGAACGAUAAUGGACAACACCCGAUAUAAAAACACACGUUCAUGUUCUUCAACUGCUUCCUCUGUAUUCAUCACUAGGACCAGACUAAAAGGAGAUGUUUUAGUAAUAGGUGAUAGUAAAUACAUGAAUAGGCCUAUACUGGCAUAUGAAGCUGAAGGGUAAAAAAAUAAAAAAAAAUAACUAGCUACAGCCACAUCCCUGUUGCAUGCAUGCUAAAUAGAGACUGUAUGGGAGAUUUAGGCUUAAUGACAGCAGCUUGUUAAUCAAAUGGAAUGGCUAUAGCUGUAUAAGCCUGUUCCCGGAAAGAACAAUCCAACAGAAAAACAAUAUGCUAUCAAAAAUCCCUAUCCUUCUACAGCAAGAUCACUGUGAGCUCAUGAAAUAUAACUUAAAUGGUAAUACAGCAAUGCAGUCUUGUUUGAUCAUCUAGACAGAGUGAUGCAUUAAAUGGGUGACUGCUGCAUUGUAAAUGUGACUGCAAGAGGGAUUGUGCUUCAGUUUCACCCUGAAUUAGCCUCUGCAAAUCCAUACCAUUUGUGCAAAUCCCGCAAUAGACUGACUGACCUUAAUCCACUUACCUCCUUUAUAACUGACUUGGCCAAAAGCACUGAGAAAGGGAGAAAUGAGAGAGAAAUGCAUGCCACCAUGCAGCACUAACAGCUAUUUUCUGUCACUAGAACACUGGAGAUGUACAGUCGUGGUCAAAAGUUUUGAGAAUGACACAAGUAUUGGUCUUCACAAAGUUUG